AUGCCCGCCUUCGCUGGCUCCGCAACAGCCCGCAACCUCACUCUCGAAGCCGCCCGCGAUGCCAGCCUGGCCGGCAGAAGCUCAGCUCGACCUUUACCGGUACAACAGCUCAAGAAGUUACUCGACAGUCGGAACGACCGCGAUGUGCUGGAAGGACUACGGCGGGUGAUAUCCCUAACCUACACCCGCCGCGCCCCCACCCUCCCCCUCUUCUCCUCCGUAAUAAAAAACAUCGCCUCUCCCAGCCUCGAGAUCAAAAAACUCGUCUACAUCUACCUACUCCACCACGCCGAAGCCGAGCCGGACACCGCGCUGCUCUCCAUCAACACGAUCCAGAAGUCCCUCUCCGACUCGAACCCCCAGCUGCGUGCCCUCGCCCUGCGCGUCAUGUCCGGCAUCCGCGUCCCCGUCAUCAGCCAGAUCGUCUCGCUGGGGAUCAAGAAGGGGGUCGGGGAUAUGAGCCCCUACGUGCGGCGGGCCGCCGCGCUCGCGGUGCCCAAGUGCUAUCGGCUGGAUCCGGGCACGGGGCCGCAGCUCGUGGAGUAUCUGGGCACGCUGCUGGGGGAUCGGGAGUAUUUCGUCGCGGGCGCGGCGGUGGCGGCGUUUUUGGAGGUGUGUCCCGACAGGAUUGACCUCGUGCAUAUGCAUUAUAGAGGCUUGGUGCGGAAGCUGGUGGAUAUGGAUGAGUGGGGGCAGUUGGCGACGCUGAGGCUAUUGAUGGUGUAUGCACGGAAGUGCUUCCCGAGGAGGACAAGGAGGGUUAGGAGGGGAGGGGAGAGCACGAAGAGUAAGAGUGUGGGAAGGGGAUUCUAUGAUGACGAGCCUACGGAAGAGAAAGAAGAGGACGACAACGAUUCUAACUACGAGGAGGUGGUACUCCUAGACCCAGACCUCGAGCACCUCCUCAACGCCAGCCGGCCCCUGCUCCAAUCCCGCAACAGCGCCGCCAUCCUCGCCGUCGCCCGCCUCUACUUCUACCUCGGCACGCCGCCCUACCUCCAAAGCGCCAUCGGGCCUCUAAUCUCCCUCCUGCGCUCCCCGCCCGACAUCCAACACCUGGCCCUGCACAACAUCGUGCAAGUCUGCCUCGCACACCCCGACCUCUUCGUGCCCUACACCUCCCACUUCCUCCUCAAGCGCACCGACACGCCCUCCAUCCAGACGCUCAAACUCGAACUCCUGACCCUCGUCUUCCCACACUCCGCACCAAGCCUCCAAAGCCUCAUCCUCGCCGAACUAAGCCACUUCGCCAAAAGCCACUCCACCGCCCUCGUCCGCGCCUCAGUGCGCGCCAUAGGCCGCUGCGCGACCCGCAGCACCCCGGCGACCGCUUCACGCUGUCUCCACCUCCUCCUCGCGCACUUGAGCAGCCAGGACACCCACCUCGUCGCCGAGUCGCUAGAGGUGGUGCGGCACCUGAUCCAGCGCGACCCACACGCGCACGUCAGCACGGUGAUCCGGCUCGCGAAGAACCUGGAUGGCGCGCAGAGCGCGCAGGCGCGCGCAAGUAUUGUGUGGCUGGUGGGAGAGUUCGCGGCGCUGGUGCCGAGCGAGGAGUUUAUUGCUGCGGACGUGCUGAGGAUACUGGUCAAGGGGUUUGCGGACGAGCAGGUCGGGGUGCAGGCGCAGAUUGUGCUACUGGCUGCGAAGGUGUAUUUGGGGUUUUUGAAUGGGCGGAAGGUGGAGGAGGGGGAGAGGGAAAGAGGCGCCACUUCUUCGCCGCUAAGGGAUCCAGAAGCAGGCGGUUUGGACUUACCUGGUAACGAAGACGGCGGCUUCCGCGACCGCGUAUCGGAAGCACAAAGCGUCGGACCUACCGCUGAGGGCGAGGGGCAGAAACACGCGAUUGAACUGCUAUGGCAGCACGUGCUCCUCCUGGCUCGCUACUCGACCUCCUACGACCUUCGCGACCGCACCCGCCUCUACCGCGCCCUCCUCUCCACGCCCUCGUCUACAGAGCUGGCCUCGCUUCUCCUCCUGGCGCCCAAGCCGGUCCCGACGAUCCCGUCGCCUUCCGAGAGCCGCAAGGGUUAUGUCCUCGGUUCCGCAAGCCUGGUCGUCGGCGACGAGGGCGGCGUAGGCGGGUUGCGCGGAUACGAAGCGCUGCCUGAGUGGGUCAAGGAGGGAGAGGAGCCGGAUCCGAGGCUCAGGGAUGAGGCGGGGAGUGGAGGGAGGACGGAGUACGAGCGGAAUAGGAUUGUGCCGGCGUCGGAGAUGUUGGAUACGGCUGCUGCGGACAGGCCGGUUGCGGUAAAGGCGAACGGGGUCAGGGAGAGGAAUUUGGAUGAUUGGUUGGCGGAAGGUGAGGAGGAUGACGAUGACGAUGAGGAAGAUGAGGAAGAUGAUGGGACCGAAGAGGAGACAGAGACGGAGGAGGAUACGAGUGAAGAGGAGGGUGAGGAGAGCAGUAGCGAGGAUGAGGGUGAGCGGGAUCGGCUGGUUAAAUAA